UUUCCAUAAUCGCCGCAUGUGAUAGGGAAUGCCGAUCGCAGAUUCAAGUUUUAUCUUCACGGGCCUCUCUGCCCUACCUCAUCCCCUACUUCUCAGCAACAACAAUGCCAGAAAAUUCGGGACCACAUCGGCAAAACGAACCGGCGAUUCCGAUUCCAUUUCAUCGACGCAACUCAAAUUUCCAUCGCUGAGAGUUGCAAAUCCACUUCUCGCCCGAUCUGUCGUUGCGGUACUCGGAUUAGGGUUCGUCGAUGCAGGGUACAGUGGCGAUUGGUCUAGAAUUGGCGCCAUUACCAAGGAAACUGAAGAUUUGUUGAAGAUUGGAGCUUUCUUGGUGGUUCCCUUCUGCGUAUUUCUGAUUUUUUCUUUCUCCGAACAGACGGAUUCUUCCUGAGUGUACGGACGAUGCAUCGCGUAGGUUUUAUGCAUUUUCGAUCCAUUUUAAAUUAU